GUGACAACCGGAAGUUGUUCUUUUUUUAGAAACAGCAAGGUAAUAUUGAAAUGCAUUGAAGUUCUACUGUAUGUUGACUACAUUGUUCUGAUUUUUAAUUCACAAAAUGGAACUGGAUACUCAGUGGCAGUUUGUGUGUCAAAAUAGAUGAAAAUCGAAGCAUUCUACUACAAGCGCAUGUAAGAACAAUAUCGCACGACAGAUUUGAGCGGGGAUUUCCGAUACAAUGCAUUACUGUUGUUCGCGAAGUAUUUGUUCGAGUAAGCAUUUUCCAGGAAAUUUGAAAUCAAGUCUGACCAGAAGAUUUUAAGAAAGUCCAGUCUUGUGCUAAGAUAACUGUUUCCUAAAGAACGAAAUAAAGUCUUUGUUUUCUAGAUACUGUACUGCAGUAUACACAAUGUCAAUACCACCUCGGUGGCUGAACUGUCCAAGAAAAGGCCAAGUCGUGGCAGGAACUUUUCUUCCAUUCAAAACACCACUCAGCUCAAGAUAUGAUGACCAGAUACCUGAAGAGAACAGAUUUGGUCUUGAUAUGUUAUUUUUAUACUUAAGUUCUAUGAAAUUGAAAAUGGGACUGUUAAUUGAUUUAACAAACACAACCAGAUUUUAUGAUAAAUCUAUAGUUGAGAGUAAAGGCAUGAAACAUGUUAAGUUACAGUGCAGAGGGUUUGGAGAGGCACCAUCUCCUGAUCAGACCCGAGUGUUCAUUGAAAUGUGUGCAUCAUAUCGAGCUAAAAAUCCAUUAGACAUUAUAGGCGUUCAUUGCACACAUGGAUUCAACAGAAGUGGAUUUCUUAUUGCAGCAUAUUUAGUUGAAAAAUUAGAUUGGAGCAUUGAUGCAGCUGUUGUAAGUUUCACCCAAGCUAGACCACCAGGAAUCUAUAAAGCACAUUAUAUUCUGGAACUUUUCAGUCGUUAUGGCGAUAAAGAAGAUGCACCGGCUGCUCCAGAGCUUCCAGACUGGUGUAACGAGUUUGACGACACACAGGAUGAUGAUGGAAAUGAAGAUGGAUCAACACGGGAUGGCCAAAGAAAAAGACGAAGGGGAGAAUUAAAUAAUACGAAUGCCAUGUUUAUGGAAGGUGUUGAAGGAGUGACUCAGUUCACUACACAACCCAAGUUAAUGCAAUUACAGAGAAAAUGCCAGGACAUGUGUGGCUGGAGAGGGAAUGGUUUUCCCGGUAGUCAGCCUGUAUCAAUGGAUCGACAAAACAUUCAUUUCUUACACAACAAGCCUUAUAAAGUUAGCUGGAAAGCUGAUGGUGUCAGGUAUAUGAUGUUGAUAGAUGGUCCUGGUGAAAUUUACAUGUUUGACAGAAAUAACGCCGUAUUUGCCGUCCCACAGCUUGUAUUUCCACAGCGAAAACAGAAUGGUCAUAUUAAAAAUACAUUACUGGAUGGGGAAAUGAUUAUUGAUAAAGUCAAUCAACAAUCAGUACCACGAUAUUUGAUAUAUGAUAUCAUUACAUUUGAGGGUCAGCCUGUUGGAAAGACUGAUUUUGAGAGGCGGUUGCUAUGUAUUCAUAAAGAGAUAAUUGGAGUCCGUCAUGAAUGGAUGAAACAGGGACGAAUAGACAGAACUAGAGAACCAUUUGGUAUCAGAGCGAAACCAUUCUGGGAUGUUACAACAGCUGUGAAGCUUGUUGAUGGUAAAUUCGCACAAGAAUGUGGACAUGAAACUGAUGGUCUUAUAUUCCAACCUGUACCAGAUGCAUAUGAAGCAGGUAGAUGUCAACAAACACUGAAAUGGAAACCACCGUCUUUAAACUCUGUAGACUUCAGAUUAAAAGUUCAAAAAGUACAGAAACCAGGUAUGCUACCUGAAACACAUGGUUAUCUGUACGUUGGAGGAAGAGAUAUGCCAUUUUCAGAAAUUAAGGUAUGA